GAAAGAGAGAGAGAGAGAUGGCUGAGAGAAGAACCAAUGGAAGCAAAGUCCUCAUCACAGUGCUGUACGUGGUGGCAGCGUGCAGAGCCGUCCCCGUCAGCGACCUGCUGGACCGAGCAUCUCAGCGCUCCGACAGGCUGCACUCCCUCAGCACGACGCUCACCCAGGAGCUGGACUCUCAUUUCCCUCCUAUAGGCAGGGUGAUCAUGCCACGCCCUGGGAUGUGCCACACCGCCUCCCUUCAGACGCCCAACGACAAGGAGCAAGCUCUCCAAGUGUCCGAGUCCGACCUGCUGUCUUUGGCCCGCUCCCUGCUCCAGGCCUGGCAGGACCCCCUGGUGGUCCUGUCCUCCUCCGCCAACACGCUGCCUCACCCGGCCCAGAACAGCAUCUCCAACAAGAUCCAGGAGCUGCAGGAGCACUCCAAAACCCUGGGAGACGGUCUCAAUGUGCUGUCUGGAAAGAUGGGUCCGGCUGCCCAGACCACGUCCCUGCUCCCCUACAGAGGAGGCAACGAUCUCGGCCACGACAAGAUCUCCAAACUGAUCAACUUCCAUUUCCUGCUGUCCUGCUUCCGCCGCGACUCCCACAAGAUUGACAGCUUCCUGAAAGUCCUGCGCUGCCGGGCGGCCAGGAUGCAACCCGAGAUGUGCUGA